GAAUAUUAAACUUGUUAUUGCACUGUCUCUUGGGCAAUCGUAUUUGCUAUAAACGGAUUAAACCUACAAUUAAAUAAUAAAAAUAUUUGUUGCAUCGCAUGGUCAUAUAUGAUUACAAUGCGACCGAGCAAUCAACCAUAACACACUGGGUAUUUAUUUUUAACGGCAUGUACACAUGCACGUAUCAAUGCACAUACGUGCACGUAUAUAUACGCACACCACAUAAAUCCCACCAUCGAUUAGACAAAAAGAAAGAGGUUCAAGUCCAAUGUUGUAUCAAGUUUGCAUACAGACAUGGAACGAGAGCAGUUGUUGCAACGUGGUUUUAUAUUGAAGAGUUCGAGAAGAUUAUAUGUCUGAAAGAUCGUAUUCUGCGGCCAAUGAGCUACGGACUUGCUUAUUCGUAUGAUAUAGCAGGAUGUUUUGGUAAGCUGGACGAGGGAUAAAUGCGAUGUUUAUCGUGUUUUAGCUGGUAAACUCACGCGCGAUAGGGACGUGUGAUGACAUUUCGUUGAGCUGUAAAAAUGUUUGGUGUGCUAGGAAGAUGCUUCUGCAAAAGAGAUGCUGUGAGGGCACUGAGUACAGGCGAAGUGUCGACGGCACUUCGACCUUUUUAUUUUACGGUUCAUCCCGAUCUUUUUGGUCAAUAUCCAACACAAAGAACAGUGAAUGAAAAUUCUUUAAAGCAACUGAGCUCGAUCUUAGAAUGUUUACAACAGCAAAAACCUAUAAGGCCUACUACGUUGCCUUUUUAUUUACGCUCCAAAGAUGAGAAAGAAGUCAAGGCUGGUAAAUUUACUCUAGUACAGAUACAGUUAAAAGAAAGGGAUCUGAGGCAAACUAUUCUCUCAAUUUUGAAAACAUGCGAUCUACCGACCACAUUUGUAGACAAAAUUGAAGAGCAAAAGCCAUCAGAUGGUGCACAGUACAAGUCAAGGUUUUGGCAAAGAAAAGGAUAUUCGGGAGAGAACAUAGAUUUUUCAGAAUUAGAGGAUGAUCCUAUCUAUGCAUCCAUUAUGAUGAAAAGAAAAAUUAAUAUAGAACCAGAUACUCUUAAGGCUUAUUUAGAUAAACACAUUAAUGAAGUGCAUGUGAAGUUGGAAGCAUGCAGGCCAAUGAGAGAGGAAGUUCAAAAGCUAGAGAAACUAUUAUGCUCAGAAUUAGGUUUAAAAAAUAUUAAAUGGGAUUGUGGAUGGAAUAUAGCUCAUUAUAGAGGUUGUUUGUUAGCCUUCAAAGCAUUAUCUGAACAUCAUCCUGAACCGAUGAAGGUAUUAAGAAAUAGGACACUAGUAUUUGCCAAUGACACAGGCAUUAGUCUAGAGGGAAGUGUUAUGUUAAAUUCUGGAGAAGUCAGACACAAUUGGCUUGAUCUAAUCAAAAAUGUUCAAAAGCAUGAUGUUGUACUGUUGAGAUUACCAGCUUUCGAGAAGGCAGUUUCACAAGUACUUCUUGACAUAAAAGUUGGUCGACGAGUCCUCUAUAUGUGCAGGAAAUUCAUGCCCAAGGUAAUGGUUAGCCAGUACGAGCGUCAGCUUCGCCAGCUAACUACAACCCUCUCAGACUACCGAGGAAGAAGAAACUAUCCUAAAGUGUGGCCAGGCAACUUAUCAGCUUAUGAAAUUGUAAUUGAAGCGGAAGCUGGUCCUCUAAUGCUGUCUCCUACUGGACAAUUUAUAGUUCCAUCUUCAUGCCCAGGCUUUCUUUUAGUCAAUUUCAUUACAGAAAACUUAGAAGAAGCUACUAAAAGAUUACAUCACUAUAACAACAUAAAAUAUGUAGAACGUGAGCUUCAUGACAAAGCAGUCAAGGAAUUAAGUUUAAUAGAUCUUAAUAAAGAUGAUAGUAUUACUCCAGAUCUGAUGAUACAGUGCUGUGAACGUUUAUUAUUGCACAAAAGUGUACUAGCUCCUCGAUUAGAAGGCGUAAUGCUGUGGGUAACACAUUAUUACUCUGUUAUGAGUGAUGGUGUUCUGUGUAUACCCUGGGAUUGGACACUUUAAAUCUCAAUUUAAAAUUUUUUAAAGUGCUUUCUUGUUAUACUUUUACUUUCAUACCAGCUAUUAGAAUACCUGCAUUGUAUGAGUGUACAAAUUAAAAUUAACAUACCAUGUACAGAUACGCAAUGAAGAAAUAAUACACGAUAUUUUUCUGACAAGUUUAAAUAAACAAAGAAUUAAAAAAAAAGGUUAGUUAUGUAAUAGUGCAAAAGCAAAUAACUAGUUCUUAAUAGAUACAAUUCUUAUUUUGUGCAGAAUGUUUGCAUGUUAUGAAUAUUAUAUACAACUGAUCUUGAUACAUUGUAUAUCAAUUUUCAAUACAAAAACCUAAUAUAACAAAAUAGAAAUAUU